GCUUUGUAGUUUCUCUCGGCGAGGGCAAGCCUUUUGCUCUAGCAAUUACGUGGCUUGAGGGUGUACGAAGGCGCGGUGCGAUGGCGGCUGUGGAGUGCUGGUCGCGGGUGCUGUUGCAGCUCCUGGUGGUGUUCGGGAUUGCAUCGCCUGGGUGGGGUCUCUAUUUCCACUUGGGCGAGACCGAACGCAAGUGUUUCAUCGAGGAGAUCCCGGACGAGACCAUGGUCAUCGGGAAUUACCGGACACAGCUGUAUGAUAAGCAAAGGGAGGAAUACCUGCCUGCAACUCCGGGACUAGGCAUGUUUGUGGAAGUGAAGGAUCCUGAUAAAAAGGUGGUGCUGUCCCGACAAUAUGGCUCAGAGGGCCGGUUCACCUUCACGUCACACACACCUGGAGACCAUCAGAUCUGCCUGCAUUCCAAUUCCACCAAGUUUUCUCUCUUUGCAGGGGGCAUGCUGCGGGUCCACCUUGACAUCCAGGUUGGUGAACAUGCCAAUGACUAUGCUGAGAUUGCAGCCAAGGACAAGCUAAGUGAACUGCAGUUGCGUGUGCGCCAGCUUCUGGAGCAGAUAGAACAGAUCCAAAAAGAACAGAACUACCAAAGGUGGCGAGAGGAGCGCUUCCGGCAAACCAGUGAGAGCACGAACCAGCGGGUUCUGUGGUGGUCCAUUGUCCAGACCCUCAUCCUUGUCGCCAUUGGAGUCUGGCAGAUGAGGCAUCUCAAAAGUUUCUUUGAGGCCAAGAAGCUGGUGUAAAAGGGUGGUGAUGUCAGCAAAGGGCCUGCAUCUUCCCCAGGAGCAGUUCCUGGCGCUUCAGGUGGUUGCACUGGUCCUCCUUCUCGCCUCAAUCAGCCUUUCCUCAAGACAAUUGUUGUCCAAGAUCUGUGUCAUCUACCUCUCUCUGCCUGUCUCCCUCCCACCACUUCCUCAUCUCAGCCUGCUGUGAUUCCAACACAGUGUUGCCCCUUGCAAAGCGUUAUUCUCUCCAGACAGUUGGGGAUUAUUUGCUGCUGAGGCACCUUCAGUUUUUUAAUACUAUGUGAGAAAUUCUUGGGAAGGACCCUAUGUGCAGCAUUUCCUUUUGCUGAAAAAGGGUCACUUGUCCAAGCUGAGGUCUGACCUGGAUGGCCCAGCCUAGCUGAAUCUGUCAAAUCUCAGAAACUGAGGAGGACUUUGGGUGGGAAACCACUGAGGAAGUCUAGGGGUGCUAUGCAGAGUCAGGCAAUGACAAACUAUCUCUGUUCAUCUCUUGCCUUGAAAACCCUUUGGGGCUGUCAUUAGUUAGGUACAAUUUGAUGGCAACUUCUGCCACCGUCACCCAAGUUAGACUCCACUGUAUAGGGCACUUGGGAUACCUUCUUUAGCCAGCAUUUCAAAUAUCAUAAGCCAAGAAAAUGAUGCCAGUUUUGUGUCCUGCUGAACUUUUACUGGCUGUGAUUUCUUGCCACUACCAGCCUGCAGCUCCAAGAGAAAGCGCUAAAUGAAGAUAUCUGGACUUUCUGUUCACAGUCUUCUUCUGCCCAGUGUAUUCAUAAUGUGAAUAGAAUGCAAAUUAUUUUGUGAUUGCCUGCUAUGCUAAGAGGCAAUAUUGGGAUUAUUUCUAAAAUACUGUUUGUGUGUGUAUGUGUGUGUGUUGGGAAUGGAGGGAGAGAGGCAAAUGUGAUAACCACUGAGAUAUUCAUCAGGAGCUAAGUAUUAAAAUUUACUUGAUUUUCUUUAUGUCUUCCUCCUGUUGUUUGACAGAAUUAAAUGAGUUUUUCUUGUUAAA